AUGAGUAAACUUGAUCCUUCAAAGGUCCAAGGGAAAAUACGUGAGCAGAUGGACCGUGAAAUAAGAUCACGGAGAGAAUACGCAAAGAAAUGGUUAUUCAUGUCGCAACCAGAAAUAAAUAAAUUUUACGAUCAAGAGUUUUUAAACACUAAAGUUAAUGAAAUAAUUCUGGAAGAAAACGAGAAGCAAAACACUGGAGAAACUUUUUUUGUUUCUGAGGGAAUGUUUGCAUCAAUGAAUCUAUGUCGAUGUGGUCGCAAACGAGUUGGAACUCAUCAUAUAAAAUGUUUACAAAAAGCAGUAAUUAAAUAUUCAGAAUCUCAUAUCGAAAGCGAUCAAAAGAAAAUUUCAAAUGAUGGCUUUCAACAACAAAAACCUAAUAUUCCACAAACUUCUAAUGCUGUUCAUGGUUUCUUUGAGAGCAAGUAUAAUAAUUUAGAAAAAUCAACUAACUAUAUAACUCCGAAAAUAUUUAUGAAGCAUAAAAUAACAGAUUCUAUUUAUAACAAUAUCAUUAUUGGAUAA